AUGAUUUUUAGUGAACUGAGCAUCAUCAUCACUGCAGAUUCUCAUAUACAAAGAAGAAGAUUAAACAACAAAAUUAAGGAUUCCAACGACAAAACGAUCAGAAAAAUAGUUAAUUUAGAGAUCAUUCAAGUGAAUUACAAAAUAACCCGGCUGGAGAAUAACAUUAAGAAAAUUCGGGAUACUCUGCAGCACCUACCUGAACAAAUAAUAACAGAGUAUAGCUAUAGGAUGCACAUUGCCUAUAAUAAGAAUUUCCACAAAAUCAAACGUAAAAAUUUGAAGAAGGUCGAUGAUCUGUGUAGAAAAAAACGAAAUCAGAUAGAUAUUCAAGAAAAAUGGCUGAAGAACUUGUCGAAUAAAACCCUUCCAGAAACAGUACGAAAUAUUUUAUCACUCGGAUCUAAAUUCAGUAUACCAACUACGAAAAAAGACAUAAAAGUGGAUAGUCUUAUAGCUGACUUAGAAUAUGUUCUGCUAGGAGUGUCUGAAGACAGAAGAGAUGUACUCAGAGCACAAGCGACAAAUACGAUCACUAACUUCACCCACGGAAACAACAACAAGAGCUCCUCAAUACAAAAAUGGUACAAAGAUGCGAAGAAAUUCUUGAAGGACAACGAUGACCUAAUAGUAUUGGACAGUGAUAAAGGAGGAGUAACUGUGAUAAUGAAUAAGAGUGAAUAUGAAAGAAAAAUACAGUCUAUACUAGAUUCAAAAGAAUUUAGGGAGGUGCCCAAAGAUCCAACCCAAACUAUUCAAAAUAAAUGUAACAAAUUUAUAACCACAUUGUGUGAAAGAGGAUACAUCAGUGAUCACAUGCCCGAGAAUAUAUGGAAACCCGAAGGUACACAAGCCUGGCAACCCGUUGAGACCCAUUAUAUCCAGUGUAAAUAG